AUGGCGCCUAACAAGAGGCAUGAAAAUCCAGGGUUCGAUUCCCGGUUACGGCACCUAUGCCCCUUGAGCAAGGCAUGUUGUUGUUGUGGAUUUGACAAGGUAUCCAGCUCAGAUGUAUAUGGGGUCUAUACCUCUUAUUUCAUCGACAUCAUUGCACUCGGACUCCUCUUCAUCGCCUCCGUCAUCCUCCUCAUCGGUGUAUUUAAGAAUUCCAAAUGCCUCCUGAUCCCGUAUAUGGUGGCUAUUACGGCCCUCAUCGUAUUCCAAGCUAUUGCGUGGUUCCUUCAACUGUUCAACUGGUAUAAAAUAAACAAAUCCUUGACAACAACUUUAAUUAUAAGUCUCAUUGCAUGGAUUUUACUAGCAUUUGUAAAUGUAAUAUGUCUUCUUUGUGUCAUUUCUGAGUACCAAAAACUAAGUGAAGAUCGUGGCCAGAAAAAUGAUGCCGCAAUAGCGUACACACCGACCUGUCCCCAUGUAAUCACAUCUCCACCCGAGACUCAAGUGGCGAGCUAUCCAAUCGAAAACAUGUAAAGACGUCAAUAGUAGUGUGGUAUACAACCAAGUUUCCUAUCAACUCAUAGCUACAACAUUUACAACUGAUCGCAGACAUCGAUCGGACAGACACCGGGACCCCGUCUCACGAAGAGUUGUGAUCAAUCACAACUAUGCAAAGCCAGCGACCCCAACAUGUAAAGUUCAUAUAUAUGUUCAAAAUACUUUCUAAAUAUGGUGUAUACAAAUGCGGGUCCAUGUGUCAUUAUCUUGACAAUCAGGCGUGUUCUUCUGUUUCCAGGAUAUCCGAUGGAGCAUUCAGCAAAUUUCUGGUAUGAAAAGUUAUGACAGUGGCCGGUGCAGCUCGAUCAGACCAAUACUAGUAACUCUUUAUAAGAAAGGGUCCUGAUUUAAUUUAGUUUGCUGGAAUCAUCAGAAGAUUCGAUUUCGUCUCAUGUAAAAUAUGAUAACGUACGUGUUUGCGCUGACGAUGAAAAUGAUGAAUUGGAAAAAAGAGAAAUCGAUAAUAAUUAUCAGGGAAGAAAAAUACUUAUAGAGGGCGCUAUACUGCUACUGAUUUCAGAGCCAUUUAUUCGGUUAGAGCAUGGACCUACUAGGUCCAUGGUUAGAGUUAAAUAGGAAGUACAUAAAUGUAUGUGUCACUCCUGUAAAGAUUUUUCCAUAGACACCUGUGUCAAACUAAAACUGUAAAAACAUACAUUAAAUAAAAAAAGGAUGACAUUACGGGGGAUAUUUUUCACUACCCCUGGAUAGGAAAAUAAUUAUAUGAAAUUUCAUAUCUGACCAGAAAAGGGUAUUUCGACCUGCUCAUUUCGAAAAUAAAUCGACUUAUAAGAAAACAUCUCGUGACGAGAUCUCAUUCUUCACAUGAAACGGUAAACACCCUAAUUCUCCUGCCAGUCAACCAGUUCUUAAAGUUAAGUGAUAUUUCUUCCCCAUAUGGACAAAAGAAGAGUUGUGCAUAUAACUGUUUCGUGAAAAAAAGUUGUCGUGACUGUGUUAAAUCGCUCAGUACAUAAAACAAAAUAGUAAACCGACAAACAUACUUGCAUGAUGUGCAAAAUAUAAUAGCUUGUUAAAGAAUCGGACUAUAUAUAGGCGUGGUAAGAUUACAGCUGCAAUAAACAUGGAUGAAUUACUUUCAUCCAUGCUACAAGCCUACAAGGCUGAUUCACUAAAACAAAUUGAACAUUGAGGUCGCCGGUGAUAUUUUGCUCCUUCUCAUCAAAGAAUAUCAAGCCUAUGUAAUUAUGUUUAAAGCUAUGAUUAGUUCUUUUUUUCUUUGUUUUUAAAUGACUUUAUUUUGUAAGGGUUGGUUAUUGGUUGUCUAUGACAUGAUAUCUGUUUCUUUCUAAUUUAUAUUCAGAAUAGAAACUAUGUAUUUUAAGUGCAUGUACUUACAACAACUUCUAGCAAAAGGAGUCAAAAGAUAAAGACUCGAGGAAAUGAAGUUAGAUUCGGCGAUGCGUCAUUUCUUGAAUGUUACGUAAUAGCUCCUUACAUGUUUCAUCACUCUCUUAUAAUCAUGUUCCCAAUUUUGUCUGGAGCGGCGUCGGAGGGAGGGGGGGGGGGGGGGUAGUUGCAGUACGACCGCCCUCUUUAACGUACCAAGUGUAAUAUGCAUGAUAUGGAAGGGGAGAAGGAGAAGGAAAACGGGAGAAAGAAAACAAAACAAAAAAGAGCUGAAAGAAAGAACUGCGUCUAGUAGAACUCAGUGUAUUAUCCAAAUUCGUAUUUUAUCCAUUUCCACAGAAUUACAUAAAAUUAUAUAUACAUUCAUUGUAAUGGCAAAGCUGAUAAUAAUCAAAGAGUACGAAAUAUAGAUUAUCAUUGAUUUAUUAUGUGCUUGUGUAAAAAAAGAAUGAUGACGUCACACUUAGGUACACUGUAAAAACAAAUCUUUGAAUCAGUAGUUAACACUUAAUGUAUUUAAGUAGAAUAUACAAUUUGUAAUUAUUUUUCGUUGUUUUUAAGUAGUUUCAACUUGUCUUUUAAUUUACUUGAUUUACUUGAUUUAUUUGGGUUCAAUAUACAUUUAAGAAAAUUCACGUAUUGAUAGCUUGCUUUGAUUGAGUAAAUCUAACUCAAUUAGGCAAAGAUGAUUGUUACUUAUAAAAUCAUGUUGAAUGUACUUAUAUUUUUCAAUUAACGCCAUAUUUAAAUAAUGCAUGAAUAUUCAUUAGAGCAAGUAAAGGUUUUUUUUUUAAUAACUGUCAUAUCUAUUUGUGUUUGAAAUUGUUUUGGAUAAGGGUGUGCUAACUAUUGUAUUCUUUUGUUGAAUCAAUGAAAAGGCAAUAUUAAAUAGUCAUUUAGCAGAAAA